CCAGCAGCCAUGGACCAGUGGAAGCCUAACCCGAGAGCAGCGCCGUUCAUCCCGCGACACAGGCCGAAGGGUUUCCGACUGGGCCCGUCAGCGAGGUCAGUCCCUCGAGUGUCCACCCGUGUCCUGCAGGCCAUCUUAGUGGUCAUCCUGCUGGCCACAGUCAUCAUCAACAUCCUCUUCAUCCUGGACACCACCAAACGGCUGCGGCAGAAGACCACACAAGACACUGCCUUUGGGGAGGAGGAGGGAGGGUCAGAUGACCAUCAUGCUCCUGGGCAGGAUGGUCGCAGGACGAUCGACAUUGCUGUGCUGUCCAGUCAGAACAAGGUGUCUGUAGCAGUGGACGGCACAACUGUUCUUGAAGAUGAAGACAGCGAGAAGGGUCGUGGGAUCCACAUCCUGGUCCUCCACCAGGCCACGGGCAGCGUCAUGGCGCAGCGGGUGUUUGACACGUACUCCGCUCAUGAAGAUGAGGCCAUGGUCCUGUUCCUAAACAUGGUGUCAGACGGGAGGAUUCUCAUCUUCACUAUAAAGGAUGAGGGAACAUUUCAGAUGAAGAGCACAGCCAGGAGUCUCCUGAAAACCCUGGGGAGCGAGCAUGCGGACAUCUUGGGCUGGCGUGACAUGUGGGGGUUUGUCGUGGUCAAGACUGGGAAGGUGUUUGCCGAGCAGCACAAUAAGUCACCUGACCUGUCCACGUGGGCGGAGCCUGUCUAUAUGGAGACCUCCAUCCCCUUGGCUGCCAUGGAGGACAGCGACUGUCCCUGGCCUGACACGGACGUUAACCGACGGCGCCGUACAUUCUGCAGUAAGAUCGAAGGCUACGGGAGCUUAUGUAGCUGUAGUGACCCGGCUCCUAUAGAGAUGAACCCAGAUCCUCUGCCCAAUAGCAGAAUUGCAGACGUCCCCGUGGCUGUCAUAGCCAGCAAUAGGCCGGGCUAUCUGUACCGUAUGCUGAGGUCACUUCUCUCAGCACAUGGUGCUAACCCCAACAUGGUAACAGUGUUUGUUGAUGGCUUUUUUGAGGAGCCAAUGGAAGUUGUGAAGCUGUUUGGUGUGCGAGGGAUCCAGCAUACUCCCAUAGGGGUGAAAAAUGCUCGCAUAUCACAGCACUACAAGGCUAGUUUAACAGCAUCUUUUAACUUGUACCCUAAGGCUAACUAUGUUAUAGUAGUGGAAGAGGACCUGGAUGUAUCUGUAGACUUUUUCAGCUACUUCAGCCAGACGUUGCCUCUCCUUGAGGAAGAUCCAACAGUGUACUGUGUUUCUGCAUGGAAUGACCAGGGCUACGAACACUCCUGCGGUGAUCCCACCCUGCUGUACAGAGUGGAGACCAUGCCAGGGUUAGGCUGGAUCCUCAAACGCUCUCUUUACAAGGAUGAACUUGAACCAAAAUGGCCGACACCAGAAAAACUUUGGGAUUGGGACAUGUGGAUGCGUCUCCCAGAGAACCGUAAAGGAAGGGAAUGCAUCAUUCCAGACAUCUCACGGACAUAUCACUUUGGUAGCUCUGGCUUGAACAUGAACUCAUAUUUUCAGGAACUCUACUUUAAGAAACAUCUCAUCAACACGGUACCAAAUGUGGAGCUAAAGAACAUAGACAGGAUGAAAAGUGAACCCUACGAAGAAGAUGUAAACAAGUUGAUCAGCACUGCAGAAGUUCUAGACCACAACAUGUCCCCCUGUAGGGACAAUUUGAUACCCGAUGCCACAGAGGGCCAGAGCUAUGUCUUAUACAUACAGAUGGCACAGGAAUCAGACUUCCAAAACUGGCUGGCUCUAGCAAAGUGCCUGAAAGUCUGGGACCUGGAUGCACGAGGCAACCACAAAGCCAUGUGGCGAAUGUUUAUGAAUGGGAACCAUUUCUUUGUGGUUGGACAUCCAGCUUCUGCAUACUCACAACAUAAACCAGAUUAUAUCAUACCAGUCACACUCCCUGUGGAGAAGAAGGACCAGAAGCGGUAGCUCGUCUGGUAGUCGGUGUUGCCUAUUAUAAACUCUUAGACUUGAGACCUCAGAUAAAACUGCUGUAUAUGGACAAGUAGCACUCUAGAGAAGAUGUAUGCCAUCAUAUCAGCCUGUUCAACAUAGAUUGUCAGAGAAUUAUUUUUAAAAAGAACACGUAAAAAUUACCCAAUGUAGGAAAAUUUUGUAUGGAUAGUUUUGUAUGCAUAUGUGUAUUAUUGUAUUUCAUGUAUUUUUGUAUUGCAUAGUCAAUCUAUUUGCAAUUUCAUAGGUUAAGGUAACAAAGUGUUUACCAAGUUGCAAUUUUAUUGGUCAUCAUCUAGUUUUGUUUUUUAUACGUAUUAUGUACAUGUAUGUGGCAGAAUAUGUAUCUGUCAUUUAGUUUAACAGAUGUCAUCUUUUUGAUAAUAGCUUGUGAGAUGAAGAUUGUAUUCAAUAGAAUAAAAAGCUGCUAGAUUCCACCUUCCUCACUGUUGAAAAUGGAACAGUGGGAUUAAUUUGCAUACUGACAGUUACAUUAUGAUGCAGUCCAUGACUGACUUGUAAUUCCAUGGGGUUGGAAGGGUUUAAGUCUUGGCUGUGCCUUGACUGUAUUUUUUCAACUGAACAUACAUGCAGGGCUCUUAAGUCAAGGAAGGCAAUAUUUUACCACUAUAGUUUUAACAAUUUCAUUAAUCUUCUAUGUAUGGAAGCCUUUACAAUUGUUUUUACAUGUACCUAAAGGCCAAAAUGUACAGUGUGUGUAAGUACUUACUGCAUUACGCAGCAAGAGUUUUAAACCAUAGGAGAUGUGUUUCUUACUCUUAGCCUUACUUUAUACGUUGUAUAGUUUUUUUCAGGGUUUUGUUGGUAGUUUGUUAGAUUUUGCAGUAAGAAUAAAACCUUCAUUGACCACAGUC